AUGUUUACAACUGCUCGUUCAGAGAGAUCCAGAGCGACCCGCAAACGCUCCCUCCGAGCCGCCGUGGGGCCUUUUCCGCGCUCGGUAUGGAUCCACCCACACGCUCCGGAGGACGAGCUGGACCGAGUCUGCUUCAAAAUAUGGAAGCGCUCGGUUUGGGCCAAACGACACAUCUGGCCACACUUAGCUGAAAACGCUCACAGGUUCGCGGAUGAUCCGCUCAUGGAGAACCAGAGUGAUGGCUCACCAGCAGCGGUAAUGAGGCAGCAUGAGAUAGAUGAGGUUAGCCUGAUGGUCCAGAGAGAGAUGGCUCACACACUUCAGCAGGAGCAUCCUUUUCAGACCACUGAUGGUGACUGCUGUUCCCUUGGUGAUGGCCCUGACCAUUCAGAGGCAAUCAUAAGCAGAGAAGAGGCACAAAGAAGAAUAAUCGAAAAGUUCCUGAAGGACGUCCUCAUCACUAAUCGGGAAAAAAAGAUGAAGGAGGUUGCAAAAGACAGACACUUGAUGACCUGCCCCCUCCAAAACCACAGCGGGAACUGA